GCAUCAGAGAUCACUGUGAAGAUGAUGAACCUCUCUGAUGCUUCAGCCAGGACUGCUGCCUCCAAGAGUCACAGUGAUGAAGAUGGUACCACAGUGCCCGGAGGAAAACUGCUCAGACAUGUUGCCGUGAGCUUUUGUCUCCUGUGUGUCCUACAAGUUGCUCUAAACAUUUCCCUCCGUCUUGCUCUCUGUAUUGAGGAGAAUUAUAAAACCCUGACUGAAGAGAGAGAUGAGUUGAAGAGGAAGUUGAGUAACUUUGCUCACUAUUCAAACCAAGGAUGGGUGUAUUUCAGUAGUAGUUUCUACUAUAUUUCUUCAAUCAAGGAAACCUGGCAAGACAGCAGAGAUGACUGUGUGCGAAGAGGUGCAGACCUGAUGAUUAUCAACAGCGAAGAGGAACAGGAAUUCACAAGAAAAUACCGACAGAUAAUGUGGAUUGGACUGACUGACAGAGAGACAGAGGAGGUAUGGAAAUGGGUGGAUGGCACUCUGCUGACAACAAGCUUCUGGCACUCAGGGGAACCAAACAAUUAUGAAGGCACAAACGAAGACUGUGUGGCAGUAAACUACCAUGAUUACAAAAACAGCUGGAAUGAUUUAGAAUGUGUAAUUAAAAACUUCUGGAUCUGUGAAAAGAAAAUGACUCUGUAAAUCUGGACACAAACAAACCAAUGUUGUUACAUCGUAAAACAGAUUUAUUUUCAAUUGUGAUUUGUAAUUAAUUAAAGGCACAAACAUGUUUUGAUUUGGGCCAGCUGUAGAAAAU